GGGGAGGAUGUGAAUUGACACCCAGCCGGAGGGUGGUGGUGUGAGGCGAGGCCGAAACGGUUGUGAGGGCCUGAUAUGUUUCGGUUUUAUUGAGAGCAGAGGAUCGAGACUAUCAUUCGUUGAUCACAGUUUGAAUUUAGCCUUUACUUUGGUGUAUGAGAGAGCCUGAGUCUGGGAGAGAGGAGCAGUUGUUGCAGAGAGUGAGUCUGUCUGACCCCCUGAUGGAUUAAUGCCGCAUUUUCUGUGCUUCCCACAGUCUGGAUGUUUUGAAUGCUGGGAUGGAUCGUAACCCAUCCCCUCCACCAAGUUAUGAAAGCGAUGAAGAGACAACCAGAGUUGAUGCAAUUGGAAACACGGUCUACAGCAAACACUGGUUGUUCAGCACACUUAUGAGGCUGAUUGAGAUUGUCUCCCCAGAAGGUGAAGAGACAGAAGUGGCAGGUUCCAGAGCAGAGACAGAGCUGGAUGAAGAUCUGGAGAAUGAGAUUUGUAAAGUGUGGGACAUGUCAAUGGAUGAGGAUGUUGCUGUAUUUCUUCAGGAAUUUAAUGCUACAGAUAUUUUGUUAGGGAUCAUUGGUAAAUCCAAAUGUCCCCGACUAACGGAGAUUUGCGUUGGUAUCCUGGGGAACAUGGCUUGUUACAAGGAGACCUGCCAGUCAAUCACUAACAAUGAUAAUCUUGUUGAGGUGUUGUUGUUGCUACUAGGAGACACUGACCCACCUACUCUUUUGGAGACCAGCAGGUUAAUAUUGAGCUGUCUUUCUCAACCAGAUGUGUCCAGCAUCUGGGUUGACCAAAUCCACAAGCAGUGCUCUGUUCGGGAGAAUGUAUGCUUCAUAAUGCAGAGCUCCACAAAUGCUGACUUGUUGGGGAAGAUUGGAGAGAUGGUCGAUAAACUCUUCGACUUGGACAAGGAGCUAAUGCUAAGCUGGGUCAGGGACUCAAAAGAGUUGCCUGAUGCAUCGACUACAGAACAGCAGAAAACAGCUGAGACUGCAAUGGUCCCUUGCUUAUUGGAAGCAGCCAAACAACUCAGGUCAGACAGCAUUGAGGGCUUAGAGGUUUACAUGCAUAUACUGCAGCUGCUCACUACAACAGAUGAAGGAAUUCAGGCAAUAGUGAAAACUCCAGACAAGGGAGAAGCAACCUGGACUCUUCUGUAUGACAUUGUUCGGACUGACCUUUGCCAAGAUGAUGACCCAUCGAUCAUUGUAGAGGAGCAGGCAAGUGUGCUGUCCUCCACACUGGCUGUCCUUUCAGCAUUGUUUGCUUCAUAUAUGGAAGAGAAUUACGCCAAGAUUGAACAGAAUCUCCCUUUGCUCAGUACACUGCUGCGAGUUUUGUUCUAUGCAGAGGAAUGUCAGAAGAAACCAUCAGAAGGAACAAGAAGACCCAGUGCAGACAAAUGGUCUGUCCCAUCUCCAGUAUCUGGUGCCCAGAAGGGGAAACGGCGGGAAGGAGACUUUCACCUGAAAAUUCUGGUGGAUAUCUGCUGUGAAUUUCUUUCUGAAAUCUUCAUGGACAUCUCAAAGGAGAUUGUGUUAAUAAGCUUUAAAGAAGGAUACUUGAGCCACGAGAUAUGUACCUGUGCCUUUCAGCACCUCCUCCCUCUGUACCACACUGCUGUAGAAAAGUUCCAUACCAUCUUAACAGAAAUACAACCAGACACUGCGGAACAAUUAUUACUGGGAUUCCCCAAUCUCAGAUCUUGACUGGGAGCUGUUGCCACCAAUGAGAGGAAAACUAUGCUGUGUGGGGAGCGGAUGGCCGAGGGCCCUUAACUGUCUAAAUACACGUACCUCUGACAGAUGUUGCCUGACAACAGCUUUGUCAAUUACAGAGGUACCACAUCUAUACACAACAGCAUUUGAAUAGAAUUUGAACCUCUUCAGUCAUUUUAAUACAAUCCUGUGAUGCUCAAAAACUGUAUGUUCAUAGAUGAAUUAAGAUUGUUAAGCAACAUAUUUGCGGUUUCUUUUUCUUGCUGUCAAAUGUGAGGAAGGCUAGCAGUUGUGAGAAGUUCCAGGACUGAAGUUACUGACAGAACUCUGCUGUGUCUCAAGCCUCUUGAAAAUAUGACAUUUCAGGAACAGCUUCACUUUGUACCUUCACCUGUUUGAUUCUGAGGACAAGUCACGAUUUCAGAGCUGGAAACUGGCACGUGUAGCUGCAGUCUGUACCUUCCAUCUCAUCUGCAGCCUCCUGAAGACAUAAUGUGGUGUUAAGCUAGAAACAUGCACCAUCAGCACUAGCCUGUUGACUAUUUAACCUCCGCUGAUGGAAAUGACAUUGAGCACAGAGGAUUUAUUUCUUAAUAAAUGUUUGCUUUUUGUUUUAA